AUGCGAACGUUCAUCUUGCUGUGCCUCGUGCCCUCGUGCUACUGCCCUCUCGGAAUUUUCGGCAGUAUGCAAUCAGUCGGAGUAAUGGGCACUCUGACAUGCCAAGGCGGUCGUCCACGUAGAACGAUAUUGCGGUUGUACGAGUUGGAAAUUUGUGGGAUCAAAACUACGAAAAUGUUUCAUAGGAAGCUGGCUGAAACUAAACCGGAUUUUUUUGGAAAGUUCAAGAUAUCGGGUAGUGCUAGAGAGGUGUCAAAAAUUGAUCCACGGCUAAGCAUCUAUCACAGAUGCCGCUAUAUAGGGGUAAAGUUAGCACACUGGCAAAAGAUAGACGAGCUGUUGAUUAUGAUCAUUGUUCUUGAUUAUCAUUCCUGUUCUCAGAAACUAUUAUUUAAGCCUUGCUACAAGAGGAUCAGAAUAGAGAUUCCAUCAGAAUACAUUGCGAGCGGCAAGGUUGUGAAAAAAUAUUUCGACAUCGGCAAGUUAGAACUUACGAGGAAGCCGAAGGAACAAAGAAUUGAUUGCAUAUAA